AUGAAGAAUUUGGUUGACGAAAAUGCUCGAAAUUGGUAUAAGAAGGUAUAUGAAGCUUUAUGGGCAGACAGAAUUAUGCCUAAAAGAGCCAUCGGAAUGGCAUCUUUUGAGCUUGUGUAUGGGAUCGGCAUGAAACUUUCUUUACCCCUGGAAUUGUCAACAGCCAAGCUUCAGACAAUAGUGGAGGAAUCUUUUUUUCAAAAUGCUCUAGAGAAGAGGGUUAUGUAUCUAAUGAAGUUGGAGGAAGAAAGAGAGAUGUUGGUGGAUGGAAUUACGGAGCAUCAAAAUAGAGUGAAGAGGAUUUUUGACAUGAGAGCAUGA